UUUUCCCCGCCCGGCCACCCGCGGCGACCGCGAAGGCAACCCGGGUGCUCGGAACUUGACGUGAUGGGGCUUCCCGAGGAGCGGGGUCGGAACGGCAGUGGGAGCGGGGGUCGGGAGGAAGCUGGAGCCGGGGGCCGGGCACGGAGUUGGUCUCCGCCGCCCGAGGUCAGCCGUUCGGCGCACGUCCCCUCGCUGCAGCGCUACCGCGAGCUGCACCGGCGCUCUGUGGAGGAGCCGCGGGAGUUUUGGGGGGAGAUUGCCAAGGAAUUUUACUGGAAGAUUCCAUGCUCUGGCCCAUUUCUCCAGUACAACUUUGAUGUGACUAAAGGGAAAAUCUUCAUUGAGUGGAUGAAAGGAGCAACUACCAACAUCUGCUACAAUGUGCUGGAUCGAAAUGUUCAUGAGAAAAAACUUGGAGAUAAAGUUGCUUUUUACUGGGAGGGCAAUGAGCCAGGGGAGACCACCCAGAUUACAUACCGUGAACUUCUGGUCCAAGUUUGUCAGUUCAGCAAUGUUCUCCGUAAACUGGGCAUUCAGAAGGGUGACCGAGUGGCCAUCUACAUGCCCAUGAUCUUGGAGCUCGUGGUGGCCAUGCUGGCAUGUGCCCGCCUGGGGGCUUUGCACUCCAUUGUGUUUGCAGGCUUCUCUGCAGAGUCUUUAUGUGAACGGAUCCUGGAUUCCAGUUGCAGCCUUCUCAUCACUACAGAUGCCUUCUACAGGGGGGAAAAGCUUGUGAACCUGAAGGAGCUGGCCGACGAGUCCCUGGAGAAGUGUCGGGAAAAGGGUUUCCCAGUGAGAUGCUGCAUUGUGGUCAAGCACCUGGGGCGGGCAGAGCUGGGCACGGGUGACUCCCCCAGCCAGUCUCCCCCAAUUAAGAGGCCAUGCCCAGAUGUACAGGAUAAGCUGAAAGAGAAAUUCAAGUGCAUCCAGCCCCAGAUCUCCUGGAAUCAAGGGAUUGAUCUGUGGUGGCAUGAACUCAUGCAAGAGGCAGGGGAUGAGUUUGAACCUGAGUGGUGUGACGCUGAAGACCCACUCUUCAUCCUAUACACCAGUGGCUCCACAGGCAAACCCAAGGGUGUGGUGCACACAGUUGGCGGUUACAUGCUUUAUGUGGCUACGACCUUCAAGUAUGUGUUUGACUUCCACACAGAGGAUGUGUUUUGGUGCACAGCAGACAUUGGCUGGAUCACUGGUCAUUCCUAUGUCACCUAUGGACCACUGGCAAAUGGUGCCACCAGUGUUUUGUUUGAAGGGAUCCCUACAUACCCCGAUGUGAGUCGACUGUGGAGUAUCGUGGACAAAUACAAGGUGACCAAGUUCUACACAGCUCCCACAGCCAUUCGUCUGCUCAUGAAGUUUGGAGAUGAACCUGUCAUCAAGCAUAGCCGGGCAUCCUUGCAGGUGCUAGGGACAGUGGGUGAACCUAUCAACCCUGAGGCCUGGCUGUGGUACCACCGGGUGGUAGGUGCCCAGCGCUGCCCCAUCGUGGACACCUUCUGGCAAACAGAGACAGGUGGCCACAUGCUGACCCCCCUCCCUGGUGCCACACCCAUGAAACCUGGUUCUGCUUCCUUCCCAUUCUUUGGUGUAGCUCCUGCAAUCCUGAAUGAGUCUGGGGAAGAGUUGGAAGGUGAAGCUGAAGGUUAUCUGGUGUUUAAACAGCCCUGGCCAGGGAUAAUGCGCACGGUUUAUGGGAACCACACACGCUUUGAGACCACCUACUUUAAGAAGUUCCCCGGGUACUACGUGACAGGAGAUGGCUGCCGGCGCGACCAGGAUGGCUAUUACUGGAUCACUGGCAGGAUUGAUGACAUGCUUAAUGUAUCUGGACACUUGCUGAGUACAGCAGAGGUGGAGUCAGCACUUGUGGAACACGAGGCUGUGGCAGAAGCAGCUGUGGUGGGCCAUCCUCAUCCUGUGAAGGGCGAAUGCCUCUACUGCUUUGUUACCCUGUGUGAUGGCCACAGCUUCAGCCCUACCCUCACUGAGGAGCUCAAGAAGCAGAUAAGAGAAAAAAUUGGCCCGAUUGCCACACCAGACUACAUCCAGAAUGCACCUGGCUUGCCUAAAACCCGCUCAGGGAAAAUCAUGAGGCGAGUGCUUCGGAAGAUUGCUCAGAAUGACCACGACCUGGGGGAUACAUCUACAGUGGCUGAUCCAUCUGUCAUCAGUCACCUCUUUAGCCACCGCUGCCUGACCAUCCAGUGAACAAGACUCUCCUUUACUCAGGAUUUUCCUGCUUGGCUCUCCAAAGUUCUGCCCAUCCUCCCUGUCCCCAAUCCAGGAGUACCAAGGGCCAAUCCUGACCCACACUUUGUUCCUAUACGGAAACGGUUUCCUGUGACUGUCAGGCGAAAGGGACAAAGGCCCAAGUCAGCCUCGGACUAAUAUGUCUCCAGUCUCCAAAGAACUUUCCAAGUCCAGUAUAGGGACCUGAAGGCCAUGUCCCUAACCCAAGUUAAUUGUUCAGAGGGUAAAUGAGGGCCUAGACUGAAGCUGGGAGCCAACCCUAUAAUCCUGUGUCAGCUUUCUCAGGAAGCACCAGUACUUAUCUUGGAAAUGCACUUGUCUUUAGGAAUGACAGUUUGUGAGUCAGGAAUAAUAAUUAUUUUUUAAAAUAC